AUGCAUACAAUGCAGGUCAACUCCCUCGACCCGGCGCUACCAACGCCAGUCUCGUCGACCGCGCCCGCCGCCGCUCCCACGGCCCCGUCCUCCACCAGCAACAGCAGUCGCCGGCCACGCGCCCAGAGUCUGCAGCACUUUGGUCCCAAGUGCGCCGUGCCUCGCGAGUGCUGCAGCUCGGGCUCGUUCGUGAGCAAACUCUACCGUAUGGUAGACGCCGAGCCGUCGACGAUCGUCUCGUGGUGUCGCGGCGGCAGCGCGUUUUGCAUUGUCGACCCCAAGCUCAUGGCCGAGCACUGUCUGCCCAAGUACUUUCGCCACCGGCGGUUCUCGAGUCUCAUUCGCCAGCUCAACUUUUACAGCUUCUACCGCGUCCAAGAGGGACAGCUCACGAUCUACCAGCACUCGUUCUUCCGCAAAGGACGCGCGGAUCUCCUCGUGCACAUUAAACGGCGCGGGGCUGGCAAAGCUAAAGACCCGUGGUUUGACCCUCUUGCUGCAACGCCAAGCGCUACACUCCCCCCUGUGGACAACCAGGGGCUGCCGUCCUUGAGCAAGGCGGGUCAGACCCCAACGACGUCGUUGGGGUUUGUCUCGUGUUACUCGCCAAUGGCCAAGUCAGUGGCUCUGGACAACAUGUCGCCUGCGCUGAAGCCGGCCAUGGUGCAGCUCUGUCCGCCGUCUGUGGAGCUCGGCAGCUCGUCUUUAACGGACGGACUGUGCAUGAAGAAGGACGUGGACCCGUUGUUAUCGGCACUCAAUAUGAAGAAUGAGCUCUUGUUUAAUGACCUGAUGGACGCGAACGGGUCGCUGGCCAAAGCAGCGUGUGGCUUGGCAGCUACGCCACUGGAUAUGGACAUUCAAGACUUUCUCACGGACGACUGCAACAUCACGCCCGGGCAGAGUGACGACCGCUUGUGUAGCGGCGGCGCGAACACGACCAAGUGCGCGAUGGUGUCCCGUGACUGUCUCAAGUUGGACGACCCGCAGCACAUGGAGUCUGCUCCUGUGGUAGCAAGACAGGACGAAGCGUCCGAGUCAGCAAGUUUUGAGAACGAGGUGUUUCUGGACUUUGCGAGCGUGGAGCCGGGGGCAUGGGAGGUGCCGCUGUCCCCUUUGAACGAGGAGGAGGAUGUCAUGCCGUGGCUAGAUUUGUGCUUCUAG